AUGCGACUGAACAUUACGACACCGAAUGAGCGUCACGAUGAUGCCUGUACGUGUGUGGCUGUGUCCUUGAUGGGUGACGUCAUCAGCGCUGGGGACGAUUUUGUGCUUCGCCGGUGGAGCCCAAAUGGCGAGCCACUUGGCAAAGUACAUCAGUUUGACAGCUGCAUUACAUACAUCACCUGGGUCCCUCUCCAGGGAGGACGGAAAGGACGGGGGGCCGCGGCAGGAACAAUUGAGGGAAAAGACAACUGCCUUGUAGCGUGUGCUGAUGGAACUUUUUCUUUUUUGAACGCGGCGUCCGGUCGCGUAGAACGUACCGUUGAGGCGCACGUUGGCAGCAUAACUGGACUUGUUUACUCUGCUGACGCCUCUUCGAUUGUGUCGUCUGGGGAAGAUGGCUGUGUGAAGGUCUGGUCGCAGGCCGGCAUUCCGCGCACGACGCUGGUUUCGGUUGGAAAGUGCGUUUACGCCCUUUGCUGGGGAUCUGAAACGACAGAACUUGGUGGCGACUGCGUACUGUACUGUUUUGGCAGUGAUGUGGUCAUUAAGCCUCUUAACCCAACCAUAAAAAGGCAACUAAAGUGGAAGGCACACAACGGGGUUGUGUUGGCUGUGGAUUGGUCUCUCAUGACGGGAUUUAUCGUUACCGGUGGCGAGGAUGGUACAUAUAAAGUAUGGGAUCCUUGUGGGCGUAGUAUCUACGUCUCUGCUGCCGGUGGGCAUCCGUGUACGGCCGUCAAGUUCUCAGCCGACGGUGAAAUGUUUGCAGUAGGUUCCUUUAUGAACCUGCGGGUGUGCGAUAAAACUGGAUGGAGUCAUACAUACGAACGACUUCCGGAAGGUAGUGCCCUUUCACUUCAGUGGACAGCAGAUGGAACACAGGUGGUGGCGGGGUGCGGUAGUGGAACGGUUUGCACGGCACAGCUUGUGGACCGUAAACUGUAUUGGGGCCAGUAUUGUGUGACACUUGUGGAUGGUAAUAAACUUUUGGUCCAGAACGUUCUUACAGACACGGUGGAGGAACUCGAACUACGUGAUAAAGUCAUUAAGGUAGAACUGGGCUAUGGUUAUCUCGUAGCGUGCACCACCACGCAAUGUGCAUGCUAUCCAAUUGAGAGACUCUCCGCACCCGUACAAUUUGAUCUCCGUGAUGUUGUCAUUACACUCAUUCUUGGUGAAAAACAGUUUCUUUUGUCCGACUGCAAUGCCGGAAUACAGGUUUACUCAUACGAGGGCCGACAGAUAUGUCUUUUGCGUUUGCAGGCGUCUCUUCGACCGGAAAUUAUGGCACCUGAUCUUGUUGCAUUGUCUCCAGAUACGGUGGCUAUUCGCAACCCUGCGGACCCCAAAAAGAUUUUUUUUUUUGAUACAAAUCACGGUAAACCCGUUGAUAACGCCACCAUCACGCAUCAUCUUGAGGUGUUGUCGCUGGAGCUCUCGCAGCCGGGUUCUAUUAGCGAUCGAAAAAUUGCCUUUGUGGAUCGCAAUCGUGAUCUUUACUUUGGUUCAGUGCACCAACGGCUUGGGGUGCAGAAGCUUAGCACCAUGACAUCGAGUUUGGCGUGGCAUGAUCGGCACGAGAUUCUCAUUGCCAUUGCAGAUGGUCAUCUCACGACAUGGUACUACCCGACAAUUGUCUUUUCCGACCGCGACUUGUUAACAACCACGAAGACUGUGCGGGAUGACGGUGUAGAUGAAUUUUCUCGUAAUGAUCGUAUUGUCGCUUUUGAUGGCACAAGCGUGGGCGUGCGCCGUGGGGUUGAUGGUGCUCUUCUGACGUUUAACACAUCCCCGUACCCUCCCAUGAUCUUCGAACAUGUUGCCCAACACGACUGGAGUGGUGCAAUUCGUCUGGCACGCUUUUUAGAUGACAAGCCGUUGUGGGGGAUUCUGACGGGGCUGGCGUUGCGUCAAGGUGAAUUAAAUGUUGCAGAGGUGGGCUACGGCGCUCUAUUUGAACUGGACAAGGUGCGCUACAUACGUCACCUGAAGAGCAUUCCCACACCUGAGGGACGACAGGCCGAGUUGGCGUUGUUUCAGCGACGACAUGCGGAAGCGGAGCGUAUUCUUCUGCAAGCGGGACUCACCUACCGCUGUAUCGACAUGCACACCCGUUUAUUUAACUGGGAACGGGCGUUGGAGAUUGCAACAGAGAGAAAGACGCAUGUGGACAUGGUGCUAGCACAGCGCCAGAGAUACCUAGAGGCCGUUGGUAAAGAGGAGAACAUUCCACUUUUCAGGGAACUUUCGGCGUCGGUGAAGGUGGACUGGGACACGGUACUCGAGAAGAUGAAGCAGGAACAGUUGAAGGAGGCACAGCGCCCGGGUGCCAGACCGUAUCAAUAG